CAUGCUUUUGGUAUAACCUAAAACCGGAGCGUUGUGCAUCUCCCCACUCAUCUCUGUACAUACCCUGCACAUCUCCUCAUUGGAGGAGUCAGCCAUAAGGAAAGGAAGGAAGGAAGGUCUUACAUACAAGUCUUGCAACGAAAAAGUGUAUAGUACAAGUUACACGAUGCAGCAGCCACAGCAGAAAGAUAACAGUUCUUCAAUUGGUUCUAACGAUAUAUGUGAUAUUGGGGAUGCACUCAAUGUAAAUAAUGAAUUAAUAGCAUUAGCCAAUACAAUAUUUGGUACUAAGGAAUGGAGUCAUUCUGUUACAAAUCAAACAGUUGAUUUUGUUGAAUAUGUUAGUGGUAAAUAUCAUGCAGGUUGUGCAGCCUAUGUUAAAGUUCAGCUUAGCAAUGGAAUAUUUCAUGAGGAUAUGGGCUAUAGCAAUGCAACUGGACUAACAAAAGGCAUGGCCAUUUUCUGUGCCAGAUCUGCAUCAAUUACUAAUGCACUUAAGAAAGUUCUAUUAUGUUUUGGUGGAGAAUUUGAAAGAAGAAUAAAGGAUAUUGCGAGUGACAAACUUGAAACUCCAAAUUUAUCUGCGAUUGGAGUCCCACAACAAUUCACAAAAGCAACUCUGGGACCACCAGUUCAUUCCACGCCUUUACGAGCCCAAAGUCCGGCACCAUCAGUUAAUAUAGUACCGCCGCGUCCUCAGCCCACUUUUCGUUCAAUUAGUCCUAAUCUACCAACAUUGAAAAAUGAUGUCAAUCCAAGAUCUAAGUCUCCAUCCGAAAAAUUUGCAAAUGUGAAGCCAGUACAGAAUAUGGAUACAGCUAUGACUGCUGAAGAGAUUAUGCGUUUAGAAAGAAAAAGAAAACAAAGAGAAAAGCAGGAAGAGUUCAAAAGAAUGAUGAAGGAAAAAGAAACAAAAGUUGCAAUAUGUUCCUAUAAUGUACAUCACAAUAUAUCCACUUCCAAACCAUAUUGUUACAUAUCUUCCGAUAUGCAUUGCAAUAAUCUUAACGCUGAUGAAAAAAUGGAAGACAAACAUUCAGCAUUCGUGUGUAAUGCUGCUCUUGAAUAUUUUAAAUUGUAAUCUCAAAAUAAAUAUUAAUACUUUUUGACUUC